GCUUAUAAGUUACAACAUUUUUUAUGAGUUUCCGGUACUUAUAAUAAUUACUAAUUCAAAAAUUUCCUUUACCUAGCUAAUUGAAUAUCAGAAAAAAAAACUAGUUCCCAAUAAAUAAUAUGAUAUCGAAAAUUUGUCAUGACAUCGAUAUCAUACUGAAUUAUCGAUAUUGUUGCCCAUCACUAUUAAAUAAUAAUAUGUUAAUGCAUAUUUUAUGAUAAAUUUUUCAUUAUUUUUGUACUUAAUGUACUUGUCAGUUGUCGGUGAACUGGGCAUCACUGCAGUACUUUACCGAUACAUACAUCGUUCCAAUAUUUAAGGAUGAUAGGUAGGUACGUAUAUUUUUUUUAGAAUUUCCCGAGUCCAGCCAAAGAUAAUAGGUCCUAAAUUGAAUUAUUUAGGAGAAGUGAGCUUUUAUGAAAGAAAAAAAAAUAAAUAAAAAGAAACGCGAUUGCGAUUGUAUUGCGAAGACUUUUAGGCUGAGUUUUGGCAUGGCUAUUUAUUUAUUUAUUGAAAUGAUUCGUUCGACACUGCGAAUAUUCUGAGUACGAUGCGGAAGUCAGAACUUUAUCAGGUUUAGGCUCGAAAUAACAUUUAUGUGAUAAUCGAUGUCAGCCAACAUCAGUGGUUCGUGACCGGGCGUCUUGAGGAAGCGUAAUGAAAAGUAAUCGCCGAAACAGCGUAAAUAUUAUGGGCGACAAUCGACAUAAAUAUCGUUAUCGGCCGUGGAAGUCGAGUGAUCUUACGAUUGACCUUGCAACUCUAACGGAAAAUCAAUUAAACACGGUGGUAAUAAGUAGUAAUAAUAUUUUAUAUAAAAUGUCGCUCGUCGUCUAAAAAUCGUUAGUAGCAUUCUCCGCGAACGGAUAACAAUAAUAUUAUUAACUGCUGUAGUGUCGACGACGACGCAUAAUACCAUGUUGGACGGCUAUGCGGUGGCGACAAUCACGGCAGGCCUUUGUUUGUCGAUCGUCAUUGGGACCGUUUGCGACAGCGCCGAAAUGAUGACCGCCUUUGUCCCAACGGCCACAAAGCCGCAACGAACUGCCGGGAAUUUCAGUGGCGAGUUGACAAGGAGUCCACGGUUUGUGGUGGUUAACGGUGACGGCGUGCCCGACUAUGACGGCGCGGAGGACGAUGACGACCAUGUCGUGUACGACUACGACGAUGGUGGUGGCAGUGGCGGCGAUCACGACCACGGCUACGACCACGACUAUCACGACAUCGGGCAUGAUGACGACGACGAUGACGAUUUCGACCACGACCACGGUAGCGGUCCGGGUUACCACCAUCACGUAUGGUGGCACCACUACUACCAUCACGGUGAACCACACCUACCGUUUCCACUAUUCCCGCCCAUCUUCGUGCACAGGCGACCUAGUUACCGCCGGUGCGAUCAGUGGCCAUUCGAGUGCAGGAGCACUUACGAAAUGAUCCAGUGGCUCCAAUGUUAUCAUGAGUUUUUGGCCGGAUCGGGAAUCCACGACGAGGUUGGCCUCCACGGGCUGGUCGGGGUGCCCACACACGCAUGGAAGAAGUAACGUCAGGGCGGUGUCGAGUGCCAGGACUUCGCGGGUGGUUAAAGCGGAAAAUCGCUAUUUUCACGAAUAACGUCCAUCGUACGGUUUUUUUUUUUAUUCCCGUACCACAAUGUUUACCCGUACUGGCAUACUGCUAGACGGUUCUAUUUUCAGAGACUGUCGGACCUUUUGUGUUUUCUUCCGUUCUGGUUCCGGUAUUAGAUUAUUUCAUUAAAAGAUUCUGGUUCCGGUUCCGGUUUUCGAAUAAUCUAAAUUAUGGUUUAAGGUCAAACUGAUGUUUAAUGGUUCCAAAUAAAUAUUUUUUUUU